AUGGUAGGGCAUGUUGUUCCGUCAGAAGAUGACCACCGGCUCAGUGGCGAAGAUGGUCCAUUCCUCUUGGAAGAUCUCAGGAGCGAGUCUGCGUUUGGAGACGGACCCACCGAUGAUUCCAGCUCAGAAACAACUCCACCAGAGAAAAGCCGUCGUUGGCUUGUGAUCACCCUUGUUGCGAUAAUGCUCACGUUUGAGAUCGGGGGUCAGAUGAUCCCAGGUCCCAUGGUGCGCAUUAUCGAAACCAUCGUCUGUGAUGGCUACUGGCGUGCACACAACCCAAGCCGGCUCCCGGCUUCGGGCCAUGUAGCAGAGCAGCUGUGUAAGAUCGAGGAGGUGCAGGCGGAAGUCACAACUAUCAAGGGGUAUUCGGAUUUCCUCGAGGGGCUACUCUGUGUUCUCUGCGCUAUCCCGUACGGACUAUUUGCAGAUCGAUAUGGGCGCAGGCAAGCCAUUCGUCUUACCAUUCCUGGAUUUCUUGUGAACGCAAUCAUCACUAAUUCCGUACUGUGGUUCUCGAAUGUUUUCCCUCUGAGGGCUAUCUGGUUCGCAGCGCUGAGCUGGACUAUUGGGGGAGGACCAACUAUCGCAAUGGCGCUGCUAUGGACAAUGUUGGCCGAUCAUACGGCAGAUAUGAACCGUGCGAUACUCUUCUUGCGGGUUGGAGUUGUCAGUGAGAUUGCUACUUUCCUUGCCGGCGUGAUAAGCGCGCAACUCAUGGCCUUGAAUCCUUGGAUCCCGAUGAUGAUCGGCUGUGGAUUCGUUACUAUCGGACUGAGCUGUGCUUUCUUUCUACCGGAGACGUUGAACCAUUCCGUUAAGAGGAAGUCCCCAAUGCACGGAGAUGAGCCAGUCUCCUGCAUUGGCGGCUUGAUUGUCGAUGAAGAAUCGACCUUCAACCCGAAGGUUCUACCGAAACCGUCGAGACAUCAUCUCAUCAUGGGAAAGAUCCGACGGUUCCUCCACCAUGACAUCUUCAUCUUCGACCACCGGAUCAUGUUGCUACUGCUCGCUUUUGCCGUCUCCGAGCUCGCUCGCGGUUCCUCUGGGUUCCUGGCUCAGUAUAUCUCUACACGCUUUAGUUGGACCCUAGCGCGGGCCAAUCUGCUCAAAUCCUUCCACACAGCUGCCACCAUCCCUGUGUUCCUGUUCCUCCUUCCGUAUCUUUCAAGAGACGUUCUGCAUUACCUAUCGCUGUGUCGAAGGGAUCUUUACCUCGCGCGUAUGAGUAUCAUCUGUCUAGCUGUUGGAUCACUUGGUGUUGGAAUUGCGCCGCACAUCGUCCUUUUGGUUCCCAGCCUUUGCCUGCACGCGGCUGGAGGAGGAUUCCCGCUUGUCGCACGGUCCCUGGCUACGGCCUUGGUAGAGAGGGACAAAACAGCAAGGCUCUACUCGACAAUUGAGAUAUUACAGUCGGUAGGAAGUGUGUUGGGGAGUCUGUGCUUUACGAAUCUAUUCAUCCUUGGGGUGAAACUGAGUGGGGCAUGGCUCGGGCUGGUUUGGAUAAUGAGCAGUCUGCUCUUUACAUCGGUGGGGAUCCCACUUAUGAUACUGCAAGUAUAA